CUAUUUUUGGACAACACAUGAACAACAACUUCCGCCUGUACUCUCCGUCAGGAUACACGAAGUCAUGGGCUACAAACACAGAAAACUGCUACUCACAUAACUGCACUACGCAAGCUCUUUAAGCAUCGUCAGCAUUGAAAUAAUAAUGGAGGGCUUAAAUACGGGAGACAAGUUGUUUCAGUUGUGGAUGAUGUAUGUAGCAAAGCAUGAUAUUGGAAAGCUCAAGCAGUUUAUACAGCUCUUUAUUGAAAACUACAAAGAGUUUAUUGAUUGUGACUUUAGACAUCUAAGUGAGGGCUUUUCUGAAGAAGGUCCACAUCUGACAAGGUUGCCUGACGGCAUUUUGGAGGCUCUGAAUGGUCAGCUGUCAAACUGUUCUGAUAAAAUAGCCAUCUCACAAUGUUUUGCUGGGUCUGGUGCUGGAGAAAAUGGUGAUACUGGCUCCGAAGACAACAUACAAUUGGUUCUUUUGGCAGAGAAGAUUUUACAGUGUCUCAUUGUUCUGUGCAGGAAUCAUGACAACGUACACCUUGUUGCUUCAUGUGAGUUUGUCAGCUACCUUGUUGCCAUUGCCACGCCUGUUGUAGAGCAGCUAUGCAUCCCAAGUUCUGGAAGCUGGAGUAGAGCUGAUGACUACUAUGUUUCCUUUCUGAAGCAUGCCCUUCAUCUUUUUGAAUGUUUGUAUGAUCCUUAUUUUGUCUGGAGAAAACGCCUUCAAGGCUGGAAUGUUGACAAGACAAGGCAGAGAUUUCGGCCUGCCAAUCUGCAUAAUGAAGUUGUCCCUUUCUUCCAUGAAUGUUUUCAGAAAACUGGCCUUUCCAGUGACAUCCAGCUUAGACUGCUUCAUGUUUUUGGAGCUAUCAUGUGUGGAUCACAGACAAAUGCACGCAAGGCAGUCACACCUGCUACACUUGAUGUGCUCCUGAAGGUUCUUUCAAAUGAGACUGUUAAAGGACCCACAAACUCCCAGAGACAGGAGUUAGCAGCUCUGAAAGACAUUGCAUUAAAGUGUACUGUACGCAUGGUGCAUGUCAUUCAUGAGUGCAGCCCAGACCAGAGACAAAUUGAAGUGAAUGAAGUGAUGCAUGGCUACAUGCAAGUGCUGUUGGCUUUGGACUUGGAACUCUCUGCUGAGGUUGACACCAAUAUGCAACUCACAAUGAUCAACAUGAUAAAUGAAAUGGUUGCAUGCAAUGACAAGUCAUCUCUGCAAGUCCUGCUUGUUAGUGGGGGCACAUUCAAUUCCUUUGUGUCCUUACUUCAGAAAACCACACUAACAGGUGUAGAUGCCCAGAAGUUGGCCAUGGCUGUUGUGAGAGUCAUGCAAGCUGUUCUGUCAGGAUCUGGAAAUGCUAAGGCAUUAUUUCGAGAAAAGGUUAGUUAUCAGUGGUUUAUAGAGGCAUUAAAGAGUCUUGGUCAGCCAUCAACUGAGCUGCUUAAAACAUUACUUGACCUGGUAGUGGAAGACACAUAUGAGAGCGGCAACAAAAUGCAGGUGUGCAACACAGAAGCAGCCAUUAUGCUUUUGCGCUGGCUGCCUGAUAUCCAGUCUCGUGAACUUCAGGUGUGGCUGGCAGAGCAGUUGGCAUCCCUGUGUUGUCAAGGUCACCGCAGCCGUAUGAGCUGUUGUUCAUCAGGCAUGAUCAGCCACAUCAUAAUGGUUCUAGGCAGGCAGAAACAGAUUGAUCACAAGGCCGUUGGACAUCUCAUAUCUUUGGUGGAGAGCCUGGGUGCCCUUUCUAUGCCAGCCAAAGAACUCAAACAGCUGAUCAGUCUGUUUCGGCUAGACGAAGAAGGCAAGCAGAUGCCCUACACUACACGAUUGAUGCGAGCCAUAUCAACUAUGGCAAGACGAGAAGGCAAAGAAAUGGCACUCAACUUUUUUGAUCUGCAGAAACCAGCAGAUGGCAUUUCUCUCCCUGCAAUUCGAAAGUGGUCUGGUCCUGGCUUUUCCUUUCAUGCAUGGAUAUGUCUGGAUGUAGAGAUCGAUUUGCGGAGCCACAAUUUAUAUGAGUACCAGACAUUCCGGAGACAACUUUACACAUUCAAUGAUGGUUUCAACAAUGGACUGGAGGCAUUUAUAACUCCUAAUUAUGAUCUUGUGGUAGCUGUAUACAACAAAAAAGAAUAUUGUACAUUGACUGUCACAGACACUCGGCUACAUGAUGGACUUUGGCACUCUGUUGGAGUGGUACAUAUAGCUGCUCGAAGGCCAUUUUCCCAAAGUCAGGUUCAGGUGUACAUUGAUGGAAGGCAAAAAGCUAUUGCUCCUUUUAAGUUUCCAAAUCUUUCAGAGCAUUUUUCCACUUGUCGCAUCGGCUCACCAGGUCCUCACUAUUCCACAGACGUUCAAACAGAGACUUAUGGAGAUUUACCCGGUGACUUGAGGCGCUCUCCUUUCAAGAGAAUAUUUGGCGGACAAGCCAAAACUGUCACGCCUGCACCAGCUGUUGGUGUGACCCUGCUUAGUGCGGGUAGUCAGGAUGAUUACUGGGGCCCUCCCAUUACUCUCCAUGGACGUGUGUCUGCUGUUUGUGUCUUCAGUGAUGUCGUACAGCCAGCUCAGUUUCUUGCAUUGAAUAGUUCAGGUCCUAAUGAUAUCACUGUCUUCAAGGAUGAUAGUGACCUUGCUGAUUUGCAAACAAAACUUGUAGCUCGUUACAGUGCCAAGGCCUGCAAAGAUCAUGUGUGUGCUGACCUAUCACCUUACCAGAACCAUGGCCAGUUUUCAGGAGAAAAGUGUGUUGCAUGGGACAUUAAGGAUACCAUCAACUGCAUUGGAGGAGUACAGGUUUUGUUUCCACUGCUUGAGCAUGUGGAUCCUGAGGCACCCAUACCAACACCUGCAGCCACGCCAGUGUCUACAAGUAACUCGAUACAUAACUUGACUGAGUAUGGGAAUGAGUGGGUAGUUGUGGCAAGCAGCUCAUAUGCAGACAGUAAAUUAGAGCAAAACCAGGUGGCAGCAUUCUUGACACUUCUUCGACACUUGCUACAGACCAAACCCGUUAACCAAGACACAUUUAUCAGGACACAAGGUGCUGCUACCAUUGGGGCUCUCCUUCAAAAGGUCAGUCCUGAGCUGAUUGAUGUGAAUGUAUUGAUGGCUGUACAGCUACUGACAGAGGCAUCAGUAGCCACAAACAAAAUAUUGACACAUCAUCUUUAUCAAUAUAUUCUUUUUGACUUUCGGGUCUGGAGCAAAAGUGCAUUUCCUGUUCGCAUAGGCCACAUCCAGUAUCUGUCUACCAUCAUUAAGGAUGACAGGAAAACCUUCAGGAAGAAGUAUGGUGUUCAGUACUUUCUUGAUAUUAUCAGGGAAUAUUACAGUUCAACAGAUGAUAGUGGUUUGUCAGAAGAAGACAGCAAAACAAUCCGUGUGUCACUAUUCAACUUGAUCAAGUACUACAUCAUCAGAGAUAUCACAGCAGACGAGCUUGGUCAGCUUUUGGGUUUUCUGCUUGCUGUCAAAACACAAGACUUGGUGUUGGAGGGUCUUGAUCUGCUGUUGUCACUGCUUGAGUGUCGGGACAGACGCUAUGAUCAGUUAUACCUUCUUCUGUUUGAGCCAGAACAAGCAGAAACGCUGUACAAACUUCUUACAUACCAUGGCUAUCCCAUUAUUUUCUAUGAGAAGGUUGUUAAGGUUCUGUGGCUGAUGCUGAAGUCUGACCGUGCUUAUGACAGAAGUAAACAGAGGCUGCGGUUGAGUGAUGUAGGUCACGGGGGCCUUGUCAGUAUGAUGGGAGGAUAUGACAUUUCUGUUCCAAUGAUCAAGCGCUUUGUUGAGCAGGUCUCCUAUGGGGAUUCACCUCAGAGCUACAACUCCAUUUUGGCUGUGUUGUCACUAAUUCAUGGCAGUGGAUUGGAUAUUAAGCUGGAGGCCAGUAGACAGCUGUUAAACAUCCUUGUGUCCAAACCUGCUGCUGCCAAACACUUUGCCAAGCAACUUGCUUGGCAAGACAUAUUUAUACGUCUUCUCAUCUCUGGCCCACUGGAGGAAGACAUGGCCAAAGCUAACAGUGCCAAUCAUGCUUGUGCCACAGAUCAUUCCGAGAGCAUGAAUGACAGUUCAAUGAGCAUUAUGUUCAAGGAAGAACAGUUACAGACUGUCUCAACUCCCAACCCCAUCCAUCCUUGUCGACCACAUCUUCUAAACCUCUCCAACAUAGAAGAUAGUUUUUUAGACCCCCCUCCCCUUCAAACUCCAUCCACCCCAAUGUUUAUGCAGCAACAGCUGAACGAGCUGAAUGUUUCUGAAGAGGAGCGUUCACAGUCUGCAAGUCGUAGUUCCAGUGCAAGUAUUGAAGACCUCAGUGCUAUAGGACAAAGAGCAUCAAAUAACCGCCUCCAGUCCCUCUCCUCAUCUCAGAGUUUCAGUGAAGGCCUGAUUCCCACCAGCGAGAGCAUUGGUGAUAUCUCAGCAUUUGGUGAUAUUGAUUCAAGGAGAGCAUCAUCUGUGUUACCCACUGAGAACUUCAGAGAGACUUUAGACCAACUUGGGUUCCAUGGGAGUUACAAACGCGAUGCCAUGGAGCAGACAGAAGAGUUGUGUCAAAACAUGCUUAUCAUCCUCUUGUCCACCUUGUGGAAAGGCUUAGAUGGAUCUGACAAGGCAACUUGGAGGGAGAGAGGGCAAGUUUUUGUUUGUCUGGAGAAAGUGAGCGGCACCCACAGGCUUGUUCGACCUUGUCUAGAAAUCAAGCGACGACUGUUAGAAAUGAUGCUUCAUUCCUGUACCUCAGACAUUAGAGAUUCUGAUUAUAAUUCUGCUAGUCCUGCAGCCCAGCCACUGGCCACCCAUACAGAGAAUGCCAUAGAGCUGGUGCGGAUGGUCUGGAGUUUCAUCACUAAAGAAGCCACUUUCUUCAGCUAUGCUUUCUCAGAACGACUGCUUGAAGAUCUGAUGUCACUCCUGGAUGUGCUGGGGGUGUGGGAUACAGAAGCAGGACAUGGAUGGACAGAGAUGAUUCAUUUGGGGUUCAGCAUCCUCUUAGCCUUCUCCAGCCAACCCAACCUGGAGUUGUGUGCAGCAGCAACGGCCAAACUGCACUCUCUUGUCCAAACCAAGCUUAUCAGCAGCUCGGCAGAGGCCUCUUUCAUCCUGGGAUCUCUCCAUGACAUGAUUAUGAAGACUGUAAAAGAAAAUGGAGACAACUAUGCAUUCCUGAUGCCAGUACUGAAGGCGUUGAUGGACAAGGCACAUGCCCUGUUGACCAUUGAGCACCUGCUGCCUAAUCUUCCACAAACCACCAGGAGUCCCACAUUUUUUGAUGACUUUCACACCUACUGCAAGACAGAAGAGUGGAACAACUUCAUGCUGAAUUACAUUCGACCUCAGUAUGAUCAUUUUGUGGAAUCACACUUUGGACAUACAAGCAUCAGUAUGGAAUCUUACUGGAAUGAAUGCAGAGAACAAGUGGAGCUGGCUUUCCAUAGGCGCAAUCGAGAGAUUGGCGAAAGCAAACUCAAGCUGCAGAGUCAGGUAUUUGAUGCUGUUGCUGCAAAAGUCUCCCAUGAAAAUCGCCGUUUCCAAAAUCUGCUGACUCAGCAGAAAAACCAGCACUUGUCUUCUCUGCGCCAGUGGCAUGCUGUGAAGGCUUUCUUCGCCAGUGACAGAGGAUCAUGGAAGGAAGGGCAGACAGAAGAGUUUCAUUGGAAACUAUCAAACCAGGAAAACUUCUCCCGCAUGAAGGUUAAGUUAAUUCCCAACUACAACUUUGACCCUCACCUGGAUGCAAGUCGUUUAAGAGACAACAUGGGAGAACCAUCAGAAGGAGAUGCCAUUGAAGCUGAGAAAAUUCGUGUCUCAAAGGAGGCACUUGUGUCUCGAGAGAAUAUAGCAGACGAUGCGCUUGGUGAUGAAGAAUGGAGUGUUAUUAGUGCUUCAAGUGCUGCAAGUGAGGAAUAUACUGGCAAGGAGAAGCUAGUUAUAUCAGAGGAUGUAGAGCUGGUCACCCUGGUAAACAUCAUUAAAGGCCGACUGGAGGUCACUUCUACUCAUGUUUACUUCUUUGACUGCAGCCUCAACAAGGAAGAAGGAGGUGAGGACUUCAAGUGGGCCUUGUCACAGCUCCGUGAAAUUCACUUUAGGCGCUACAAUUUACGGCGCAGUGCUAUUGAAGUCUUUCUUGUUGACCAGACAAAUUAUUUCAUCAAUUUUCCCAGGAAGCACAUGCGUAACAAAGUAUACAGUCGAAUUCUGAGUCUUAGGCCACCAAACCUCAUUUACUAUGGCACACGAUCACCUGCUGAACUUCUGAAAGCAUCUGGCUUGACACAGAAGUGGGUGCAAAGGGAGAUCAGUAACUUUGACUAUCUCAUGCAACUCAACACCAUUGCAGGCCGAACAUACAAUGAUCUCAGCCAGUACCCUGUGUUUCCAUGGAUUCUUCGGGACUACACUUCAGAAGUGUUGGAUCUUGAUGACCCAAAAGUUUUUCGCAACCUCUGCAAACCCAUGGGUGUGGUAAAUCCCAAGAAUGAGGAGGAAGUUCGUGAGAAGUAUGAUACUUUUGAGGAUCCCACAGGAACGAUAGAGAAAUUCCAUUAUGGAACUCACUAUAGUAAUGCAGCAGGUGUAAUGCACUACAUGGUGCGCAUGGAGCCAUUUACCACUCUCCACAUACAGCUCCAGAGUGGCAAAUUUGACGUCGCUGACAGACAGUUCCACUCAGUACCAGGGAGCUGGAGUUCUCUCAUGGAAAAUCCCAAUGAUGUGAAGGAGCUCAUCCCAGAAUUCUUUUACUUGCCAGAGUUUCUUGUCAAUUCUGAUGGCUUUGAUCUUGGCAAGCUGCAGAUCACCAAGGACCCUGUCAGUGAUGUUAUUUUGCCAAAAUGGGCCAAAACUGCAGAGGAGUUUAUCUACAAACACAGACAAGCUUUGGAGAGUGACUUUGUCUCCAACAACUUGAAUCACUGGAUUGACCUCAUCUUUGGCUAUAAGCAGAAAGGUCUUGCUGCUGAAGAAGCCCUGAAUGUAUUCUAUUACGUCACCUAUGAAGGUGCUGUAGACCUUGAUGCAAUUCAGGAUCCCAAAGAACGUGCAUCUUUGGAAGGCAUGAUCAACAACUUUGGGCAGACUCCAACACAGCUGCUGAAGGAGCCCCAUCCAAAACGGAUGAGCUUUGAGGAAGCUGUUGCUAGAUCCAAUAAGAUGGGUAGACCAAUGAGCAUCUUUAACUUUCUCUCAGACCUCAAGCCAUUCUUUGUGGAGGUGUCAAGUCCAGUUGACCCAGUGGUUUUUGUGAAUGUUCCUCGCAACCAAACGCGUUCUAUACUGCAGAAAGGAAUGCCAGACAGUAUGAUCACGGUGACAGAGGAUGGAAUCAUUGGAGUGCAUGGAUGGCUGCCUUUUGACAAAAACAUCAUCAACUACUAUACCUUUGAGAAAGAUGCUACAGUGCUGAGUCAAAAAAGCAAAAAGCGGAUAGGAGGUCCAUUUGCUCCUGGGCUGAAGAUGGAACCCAAGCUGUUUGCAGUUACGCAUGAUGCUCGACUGCUACUAAGUGGUGGUUACUGGGAUAAUAGUUUACAGGUAUACCGCUUAGACAAGGCCAUGACAGUCAACCAUAUUGUCAGGCACAUAGACAUUGUCACCUGUCUGGCCCUGGACCACUGUGGUCGACAUCUCAUAACAGGUUCAAGGGAUACCACUUGCAUGGUGUGGGAGAUACAGCACCAGCAUGGAUUUAGCAGCAACAUAGAUGCACGCUCUGUGAUCACCCUUUAUGGUCAUGACAAGGAAGUUACUGCUGUCCACAUAUCUGUGGAGCUGGAUCUUGCAGUGUCUGCAUCAAAGGAUGGCACAGUCAUAGUGCACACUGUAAGAAAGGGCCACUACAUGAGAACACUGCAACCUUCAUGUGACCCCAGCAGCAUUCUGGAUAUUCCCUUGCUGGUUGUGUCUGAUGUAGGACAGAUCAUCCUGUACUGUGUAGAGACCAACACACUAGGCAAAAUAGAAAAGCAUGUGCUACAUGAGUACUCAAUCAACGGCAAGUUUCUAUGUUCUCGACGAGUGGUAGCAGGUGUUGGUCAUAUGGUGAUAUCUGGUGACCAUCUGGUAUUAGGGGACACUGAUGGACAGCUUACCAUUUUCCAUCUGUUUGCGUUAAAGCCACUUGCAGCACUGCAGCUUUUGGUCCCAAUACAGUGUCUUACUAUAACCAAUGGCAAUAGUCAUAUCUUGGUAGGGCUGCAUGAUGGGAAACUCAUCAUAGUUGGUGUAAAAGGCAAAAUUGAAUCCAGCUGAGCCCUAAAGUCUGAAAUGUCUCAUGAAAACAAGUGAAAGAACAAAUAUAAUAAUUUGGGCAUUGACCUUCAUUAACCACGUCCCCUCUGGCAUAUGUGCAGAAACAAGCACUUUCUGACCUGCAACUGAAAGCUAAAUUACUGACUGUGUGAUUGUGUAUAGCUUGAUGUCUCAGGUAUCCUAAAGUUGCAGAUAUUAGCAGUGAUAUUGCUGUAAUCUUACAUGGUUACUUUCUGUCUCUUUCCUUUGUUCAUGUUUAUUUUGUGUUUUUGCAUGCAUGCACAUCGUGUGCAAGUGCAAGUCAUGAGUGUGUGAUUUUAAAGGCUGUUUCAAAAAAGAUAAGUCUUAUACUCUUUACAUCGUUCCAGGAACAAAAUUUUAAAAAGUGUCAUAGACUGUUUCUGUAGCUUUGCAGUUCCUUGUUUAUAAGAACAGACUCAAAAAGGACCAAAAUAAUAAUAAUAAAAAAAAAAAAACCAAACAAAAAGGGAGAUAAUACUCUCCCUUUGUUUUUGGCAAACCCUCAGAUGCUUAUAUACACACAAGUAAGAUGUAGUUGCUGCAGGCUUUGUCAACACAAAAGGCAGAAGAAAUGCAUUUGAUUCUGAAUUAAAGAUAAUGUUUUUAGGCAUAGGAAAACACGUGUCAAGGCAGUUUAUAUAAUUAUAAGAAAUCUCUUAAAGGUUUGCAAGUGUCAGUGUGAUUAAAAUAAUGUCAGUCUUUCUAUUUUUCAUUUUGUUUUAGCUGUCCCAGUAUUACAUUUCAAAUUGUGGAAAAUAGUAUUUUUACAUUUUUGCAUUCAUUUUUAAUAUACAGCAGACAUGAAACAAAGCUUGGAAGACUUGUAAAUGUUCUGAACAAAACACUUGAGUAAAUCCCAUUAAAAGCACUAAACAUAAAGAUUAUUUUUUCUUUUAUGGACAACUGAACUCAUUGAAAGAUUCUAGUGGCUUAACAAAUGACUGGAGAGAAAUGUGUGGCAGUGUGGAGCAUGUCUGUUUAGACUAAAAUCGAGGUCAGUAGUUUGAGAUAGCAAUAAAAGGACAGAUGACAUCUUAAAUAUUAUGCAGGUAUGAUUGCGUAGGGCUAUGAUGUUCAGAUCUAUAUCCACAAUUGGUUAUUAUAGUUAUUGUUAAGUUCUUUUAUGAAGUAAUAUGUGUGAUUUUUUAAAAAUGCUACACUGCUGGAAAGUGCAAGUUGUGAGUCCUUUUCUUCAUGUUAUGUAGUGGUUGUAGUAUAUCAGUCCAGCAAUGACAUAUUUGCUUUAUGACAUUAAAACUGUAAAAUUUGAAAGAUUGUCUAGGUAAUUGCAUCAAUCAUUUUGUGUUUUUAGUGCAUUUAUAUAUAUCACGAAUUCUCAGUAACUGUAGAGACUUUUGUAGAGCUAGUUCUAAAAUUUGUGUUGCAGUUUAAAUACAUGCACAGGCAGACACACUGUUUGCAGGCCAAAACUUUGGACUAGUUACAUUAUGCUCUGUGAAAUGUCAGUAAAAUGAAACAGUUGGAAAAACUUGGAGGACAGCUAAAGUCUGAACUAUUUAAAUUAGGAUCUAAAGACUACUAGAAAUCUAGUAUGAAAUCUAAUUAAGAAGCUCCAUGGUGCUUACUGGAGUCUGAACCAGUUGCACUCAGAGGACUGUUUAAAGUCUUAACCAUCUGUAUUUGACUCACAAUGUUCAGCAGAAUAUUAUUGCUGUUAAUAAGAUUUAUCUUCUGUGCUUUCUGUAAUGCCUCAUAUCAUGCCAUGUGAACAUAUUUGUGUGCUAUUGUUUCAUAUCAAUUUUUUUCCUGCCUUUACUUUGUCUGUGAUACUAAGACUUUACCUCUAUGAUCAGUUUUGACAUUUUUCUAUUAUUUUUCUCAAUGACUGAUCAAGUGUACUACAUUCACUGUAGCUCAAGACCAAUGCAGCUCAAAGCCUUUUUAAUCCUGCACUAAGGGACAAAGAAUAAAGGCAGUGCUCACAUAUUCACCAAAUAUAAUGCCAUUCUGUUAAAUUCUGUUUAGAGAGGGUAACCAACAACAAAAAAAAAGAAAAACAAAUUAAUAUUUUUAAGUAGAUAUUGGAACAAAAUUACCUUUUAAUGAUGACAUUUUCAUAUGUGAGCAAGAUUAUUAAAUUUUAUAUUUAAAUAACCCAAUUUAUCUAAGGAUGCCUUUUGGGAAAAGCACACUUUACCAUUUCAGACUGAUAGCUUUCUUAUCAUAGGGCUCAAAGUGUUGGACUUCAUUAUCAGUUGUUCCAAUAAAGCACAAUUCCAAUUCACUAAGCAUAAAUAUACAAGUUUUACUAAGAACUUUAACCUCUUUCCUUGGGGGAUAUCAAUAUGCACUGAUUACUAAAAAAUUAAUUCUAUGAAAUAUUCUCAUUAAAAGUUGUUGUGAAAAGCAAGUUCCAUUGGUUAUAGCUGUAUUGUUGCAUUUGCCAUAUCAAGUGUUCUGAUCAUUUUACAGUAAUUCUCUAGAGCUCAUAUACAUCUUUUAAAUACCUAUGCUUUUACACAUGGUUGUGGAAAAUAAGUAUAUGUAAAGGAAAAACAAAAUGGACAAAAAUUAUGUUCAGAAUUAUUUGCUGUCACUAGGGCAGCAUAGUGCACAUAGAUUUGUUUACACUAGCUGUUGUCAUUUGUGUUACUGUCUUUUCUCAGAUAAUGCCCAUGUGCAGAUGGAACAGCUUGAAGCUGGGAUAUAGGGAACUAGUUUGUAAAUACUACUUUUUAUUUUUUAAGUCUUUGUAGCAGAUGUGGGGUUAGCCUUCAAGCUGGGGAAAGUUGUGGGAAAUGGAUUGCUUUUUCAGUAACGUUAAUCUUUUGUGUUAUAUAUUUCUAAUUAUAUAAAUUCUUUGGUUGCAUUUCCUGCUUUGAGUUUUUUUUCCCCUCAUCUAUAUGAGGACAGUAUAUCAUUUCCUCAUCUAUAUGAGAACAGUAUAUUAUUUUUAAGUGUCACCUUUGAACCAUGUUCAAAAAAAUACUCUGGGAAGAUGCAAUAUAUUUACUAGUCUAUCUUCCUUCUGUUGUCAGGUUUAUUAUAGUUGCAUGAAAAAUAUAACAAAACUAUAACAAAAUCUGUGACCAUUUUUUCAGUAAACAAAAUUGAAAGGGACUUGCACACAACUUUGCAUGGCAACAAGGCAUUGCCAAAGGGGGGGGGGAAAAGUCACAGCUAUAUAACUUGGCACUGUGAGUUUUCUUUUAAUGAAUAGUACUCACAUCAGCAACUCCUGAGAAACUAAUGGUGUUUAUCUUGCUGUGCCUUGAACCAGUAAACUUGGAGACAACUGUGAUAUCUCCAAAAACAUCUGUAGUGUGCCUUUCUCCCGACAUGAGUAUAUGAUUGUUUCAGGUUCUGUCAGUCAAAUUGCCUACUACAAUAUUGUUUCAAAAUGUGAUUCAGUUUUAUUGAUGCAAAAUGUAGCUAUAUUGCAACAUUUCAUCACAAAAAUGUUUUUAUUGUUGCUACUCUCACUACAUAGAGAUCAGAGACAUGUAAUGUGUUGUUAUGGUGGCUAGAAUAAAGCAAGUGCAUACAACCAUUUAAAAAAA